CGCUGCGACGUGCUGCUGCCCGAGGCGGGCGACGCGGGCCCCGGGCUGGCCGUCGACUGCGACGCCGUCGCGUGGCCGGUGGACGCGGCGCUGCCGCCGGGGGCGCCCGUCGUCGCCUUCAGCCAGCGGGCCGCCGGCCUGCAGGCGCUGCCGCAGCACGCGCUGGGCGCGCCCGGCCGGCCGCCGCUGCGCAGGCUCGACCUCUCCCACAACCUGCUUCGCCGGCUCACCGAGAGGUUGCUGGGCAGCCUGCGAGACUCUCUGGUGGAGCUCCGGCUGGCGGACAACCUGCUGGGCGACGGCCUCAACCCCGUGUUCUCCAGCCAGGAGCUGCGCGGCCUGCGACGCCUCGCCCUGCUGGACCUCUCCAGGAACCAGCUGCGCGCGCUGGAGCCGGGCCUGCUGGAGGGAUGCACCGAGCUGCAGGAGCUGCUGCUGGACGGCAACGCGCUGUCUGAGGUCCCCGCUUCGUCCCUCAACGGACCCCGGGCGCUGUCCGUGCUGUCGCUGUCCGGAAACCGCAUAGAGACGGUCCCCACCGGUGCCUUCUCCGGGCAGAGCUCCCUGGAGCGGCUGGAGCUAGCCAACAACUCCAUCACCACACUGGAGGGAAGUGCGUUUGCCGGACUCUCCAGGUUGCGCUACCUCGGGCUCUCCAGGAAUCGGCUGGAUAAGCUCAACAGUGAUGUCUUCCAAGGCGCAGACAACUUGGAGCAGCUGGACCUGUCGCAGAACUUCCUGAAGGAGGUGCCGGCCGCUGCCAUAAAGGCCUUUGCCAGCCUCCGCCACCUCAACCUCUCUGCCAACACCAUACAGACCCUGGAGAACAGCCAGCUGGCCUCGCUGCCAGACCUGGAGUCACUGGAUCUCAGCCGCAACCGCAUCGCCAGCAUCUCCGCCGGAACGUUUCGGGGCCUCGGCAAGCUGAGAAUGCUCGACCUGGGUGUCAACAUGCUGCGCACGGUGGAGGACGGUACGUUCGAGGGGCUGCCGGCGCUGUCGCGCCUCUCGCUGCUGGACAACAAUGUGCUGUUGCUACCGGCUGCAGCGCUGUCACGCCUGCCACGGCUGUCACACCUGCAGCUGGGCUUCAACCGUGUGGCGGCACUGUCGGCGGACAUCCUGCGGCCGCUCUGCCCGCGACUCGAGGCGCUCUCCCUGGCCAGGAACCUCGUCAGGGAGCUGCCGGCUGCCGUCUUUGCCGGCUGCGAACACCUCGCCGCCGUCGACCUUAGCGGUAACCUGCUCGCCGGUGCCCUCCAAGGGGGCGCGGCGCUGUCAGGCGUGGGGGCGACACUGUCGCGGCUGCGUCUGUCGGACAACCGGCUGUCGGCACUCCAGGGCCCGCUGCACCUGCCGCAGCUUAGGCUGCUGGACAUCUCUGCCAACAGGCUGACGGAGGUGCCACCCCUGUCCAACCUGACGUCGCUGCUGCACCUCAACCUCAGCUCCAACCCCCAGCUGGGGCCAGCACUCGGGGGCAGUGCGCUGCGCAGCUUGCACCAGCUGCAGGUGCUCGACCUGUCCUCCGUGGGGCUGAAGCACGUCACUCCGGCACUGCUCGAGCCCUGUCCCAACCUGCGGACUGUCAGUCUCAAGGGCAACCAGCUGCAGGAGGUGCCCGAGGCCGCAUUCGCGGCACUGCGCAACAUCACCACACUCGACCUGUCCGAGAACUCCAUCCUCAACGUGCGGGCCGGCGCUUUUUCUGGGCUGUCGUCACUCCGGGUGCUGCGCCUCCAGGGCAACAGAAUCUCCGCCUUCAAGGGCGAGUUCUUCCGUGGCGCAGAGCCGACUGCACUCGAGGAGCUGGACGUGUCGAGGAACGAGCUGAGCUACGUGUUCCCGUCGGCGCUGAAGAGGACGCACCCGCUGCUGCGCGAACUGCGCGCCGCCGACAACAGGCUCAGCUUCUUCCCUGCGGCGGAGCUCAUCUCGUCGCUGCAAUUCCUCGACACGGUCGACCUCUCCGGCAACAACCUCAAAACUGUCGACGACCUCGACUUCGCGCGCCUGCCCCGUCUACGCAGGCUGCUGCUCGCGCGUAACGUCAUCGAGAGCGUCAGUGAGGCCGCCUUCCACAAUUCCACACAGCUGCAGGAGCUGGACCUGUCGGACAACCGCCUGGAGCGCAUCGGCGAACGCCUGCUUGAAGGGCUGCUGCGCAUGGCACGCCUCGACCUGUCCGGGAACCUGCUUUCGGAGCUGCCGGAGGCGGUGUUCGAGCGGGCGCGGCUGCACGCGCUGGAGGACGUGGCGCUGGCCAGGAACCGCUUCCAGGAGGCGCCACUGCGCGCCCUCCAGCGUCAGUACUUCUUCCUAGGCUCUGUAGACCUGUCCGCCAACCAGAUCCGUGACCUGCCUGCUGAUGACAGCACCCUGGUGAACAUCAAGCAGCUCGACCUGUCGGAGAACCCGCUGAGUGCAGCAGCGGUGGCGGCGGUGCUGUCCGAGCCCAAGACGGUGCGGCGGCUGCGGCUGUCACGCGUCAACUUGACGGCACUGCCCGCCGGCCCACUGGAGACGCCCUUCCUGAGGGAGCUCGACCUGUCCGGCAACGCCGUGACACGCCUGCCACCCGCCGCCUUCGAGCGGGCCACCCUGCUGGAGGUGCUUGACGUCUCCCACAACCAGCUCUCCAGGCUGGACCGUGAGACGUGGCGGCGGCUGCCGGCCCUGCGGGAGCUGCGGCUGUCGGGGAACCCGGUGGCGGCAGUGCAGGCCGGCGACCUGGACGGGCUGCGAACCCUGGCCCACCUAGAUGCCAGCGACCUGCCGCAGUGCACCCGCAUCGAGGCCGCCGCUUUCCGCGGGCUGAGGUCCCUCCAGGAGCUUGCCGUCUACGGAUACCCCAGGCUGGGCUUCCUGGACGUGCGCGCCGUGCUGCGUGGCCUGCCCCCUCUGGAGAGCCUGGACGUGGAGACGACGGAGGCCUCCCUCGGCAGCGACCAGCUGGCGGCCACGCUGCACCCCCGGCUGCGCCACCUCGGGCUGCACGGCCGCGCCCUGCGACAGGUGUCCGGGGGCGCACUGGCCGGGCUCCGUGCGUCCGGCCUCGAGGUGUGGCUGCGCAACACGUCUGUAUCGUCACUGCCGCCCGCACUCUUCUUCGCGCUGCCGCGCUCCAGCCGUGUGCUGCUAGACGUGACGGGCAGCCGCGUGACAUCACUCGGCGCCCCCGUGCUGUCAGCACUGGACGAACGGCGGGCCGGCGUCUCCCUGAGGGGCCUGGCUUCGAAUCCGGUGCGUUGUGACUGCCACGCACGGCCCCUCAGGAGGUGGCUGACCGGGUCCACUGGGCGUGACAUGCAGGUCACCUGCGCGAGCCCCGCCUCUCUGUCCGGCCGCCUGCUGUCGGACGUGGACGACUCGGAGCUGACGUGCGACGCCGCCUCCAGCACCGCCACGACAGAGGCGCCCGCCACUUCCGUCUCCACGGUGCCGCCACCAGCGGACGAGCCGGACAUCAUAUGGACGGCCAAGCCCACCUCUCGGCCCGGCAGUGCCACCGGCCAGGGCAGCGGGGGCGGCGGCGAAGAGGAUGGCGGCAAACUGGCCGCGCCCGGUACGGCGCCCGGGCCAGCGGCGGCGUCACCGGUGCAGCCGCGGCCCAACGACGACACGCUCAUCAUCGGCAUCGUGGUGGGCGUCGUCGCCUUCAUCGCCAUCCUGGUGGCCGGGGUCUGCGUCAUCCGCGGGCGCGGAGUCGGCGGGGGCGGCGGCGGGGGCGGGGGCGGGAACGGCGCCGGCGGCCGGCCCGCGUCGUCCCAGUACCGCGGGGGCGGCCCUGGCUCGGCCCCCGGUUCUACGUGCACUUGCGUGAAACCGCCGAUGCCGCUGGCACCGCCCCCCGUGUACUACACGCUGCCUGGCAAGCACGGUCACCUGCGGGUCGCAUCGGCGCCGGCGCAGCAGGUGCCGCCGUACCUGCAGGGUCCGGGACCUGGGUCGGGGCUGGGGCCCAGCCCGUACUACCUGGCCUACCCUGCCGAGGACAAGGACUACCGGUGA